ACUUCGUGGGGAAAAUGAUUUCUUAUGAUAAAGGAGAUUUGGAUGACUGCUAGCCGUUACAAUGUCUGUCUUCCACUUCGUUCUUUAACAAAAUGCUGCUGAAGAAGGGGUAAUAGCGGAGCACUUUCUUUUCGUAAUUGGGGAACAACUCCUCAAACAUGGCCCGCAACUAGUCCCUUUCUGUAAUAACCAUUUGAAUGCACUGGCAUAUGGCGAAUGGGUUCAGAUUUUCCGUGUAAGAUCUUCAGUAUGGCCUCAUUUUUUGUCUGACGGACAGAGAGAGUCGGGGCAGGAAAAUGUUUAUAAGGCGGGUCGGCCUGGCUCUUUCUCAUCAGCGUUGAUUGUGCUUUGGCAAAAGAAGCAUCAACCAGAAGUAAAACACCAGAUUAAGAAUCAAGAUCAUCAGCCAUGAAAAUAGCAGUAGCUCUUUUGAUCACCGUACUCGCCUCUGUAGCCAAGGCUGCCCCGCAGUACCAGCGUGAAUACCCUAAACAAGGAGCUCCUACCCUUUCGAAGGGGCAAUGGGCGUCUUUAAAUCCUCUUCAAGCUGAAAACAGUGAUCGUGAUGAGCUUGCAAAGCAGUGGGCUAGCUUCCUUGAGUACCUUCCAUGGCUGACAGGGCCUCCUGGACCUGCUGGACCGCCAGGUCAAGUAGGUAGCCCGGGUGGAUCUUCUAGCUAUAAUCAGCCCCAAUCCAUUACCGGACCUCCUGGCCCUCCAGGAGCACCAGGACCUGUUGGUCCACCGGGCGAGAAGGGAGAAACAGGUGCAUCGGGCGCUAAUGGUGAACCUGGACCUCAAGGAAAUCCCGGUGCUGAUGGAGCUCCAGGUCCUCAGGGAUUUACAGGGGCACCUGGCGUUGAUGGAUCCCCUGGAACCGCAGGAUCUCCUGGUACUCCAGGACAAAAGGGUGAAGCUGGAAACAAUGGCGUUGAUGGAGCUCCUGGAGCACCAGGAGCCCCGGGUAAAGAUGGGUAUCCUGGAGCACAAGGUCCCCAAGGACCUAAAGGGGAAACUGGUGCUCCUGGGAUCACACUUCCUUCUAAGAUCCCUGGACCUGCUGGUCCCCCCGGAUAUCCUGGUAAGGAUGGAUCCCCCGGUGCUGCUGGUGCUCCAGGAGGUGUUGGACCAGUCGGGCCACAGGGAUUGCAAGGACCUGUUGGCACAGAUGGCGCUCCUGGUAGCCCUGGUAGUGUAGGUCCAAAAGGAGAAGCUGGAAAUCCUGGCUAUAACGGAGCUCCAGGAAAAGACGGACUUCCAGGCAUUCCAAGCACGCAACCAGGCCCCGUAGGACCUCAAGGACCUGCUGGAACACCAGGCUCCAAUGGAGCCCCAGGAAAGGACGGUUCCACUGGUCCAGCUGGCGCUCCAGGCAAAGAUGGGCUUAAUGGCACUCCUGGAUCUCCAGGUUUGCAAGGAGAACAAGGCAAAACUGGUAAAGACGGUUCUCCUGGCCCAACUGGUGCUCCUGGUACACCAGGAGCUCUAGGACCUCAAGGUCUUCAAGGUAUUCCAGGACCAGCUGGCGAAUCUGGCAAGUCUGGCCCCGAAGGCCCGACUGGGCCUGUUGGACCUGCUGGAGAAGAAGGAAAAUCUGGUCCGGCAGGCGAGCCUGGAACACCUGGUCCACAAGGACCCGUAGGACCUAUCGGGCCAGCUGGAGCAGAUGGUAAACCAGGCCUACCUGGAAUUACAGGACCCGUGGGCCCUGCAGGUCCACCAGGACCUAGUGCAAGUCAAGCUGCAUACCCCAAACAUGAAUACAAAGGCGCAAGUCAAGCUGGAUACCCCAAACAGGAAUACAAAGGCGCUGUGCCUUAUAGCAUACCGGCUCCGAAAGACGAUUGGUACAGCACCAGGUAGAGGUACUUUCCUCAAUUACCCGGAUCGUUCUGGACGGUACGAAACUGUGCAACAACUUGAUUUAUUUAAAGUGAAAUAGCUAUUCAUUCAUGCAAACAAAAAUUGCAUAUAUUUGUAUUUUUGUAAAAUGUUAAUUAUUAACAUGUCAAUUGUAUACUGUAAAUCAAUCAGAAAGUGGAAAACAUACUAUACUGCAUCAAA